GGCCACAGUUCAUUACAGCAUUGCAAAUAGUUCAUAAUCAACUACAGAAUUAAGAACCUAGAACAGUAUGACAGCUAAAGUGAUUGUUAUACUUUUCAGCAUUAUAAGCGCUGCGCUAGGGGCCUUUCCGGAUGAUCCCAAGCCCUGUAAAUAUGGUGACGCAGAGUGUAUUGGUAAACUUUUCGAGUAUUAUGUUAGCCAAAAACACAAUGGUGAUGAUAGUAUUGGAUUGACUUCCAUCGACCCAUUGCCAGUGAAAAAAAUUCCAGUAAGUGUCGGGUCUGAUAGCCCCGUCAAUGUUGAUUUGGUUGUUUUUAAUGGAAAGUCGGAUGGUGUAUCGACCUUAAAGUUUGUCAAAAUGAAGGGAUUUGGCAAGGAUAUUGCAGUUAAUCACGAAAUUGUCAGUUACUCUGAGAGCCUCACCACUACCGGUAAUUACAAUCUUACUGGAAAAGUUUUACUUUUACCCAUUUCCGGAAGUGAUACAUGCAACAUUACAUUGUUGAAAACAACUCUAACAUUCGGAUGGACUGGAGUUCCUUAUGAAAAGGAUGGGGAAACCUACAUGAAACCAGACAAAUUCUAUCUUCGCCUGGAACCACAAGAUGUUAUUGUGAACUUCAACAAUCUCUACAAUGACAAAGCCUUGUCUGAAAAUAUGAAUAAAAUUUUAAACGAAAACAUUAAAGAACUCUAUGCCGAGAUUUCGCCCUUCGUCGAUAGAGGUUUUACUGCUAUUGUUCGUAAAGUGAUUACGAAAGUUUUUGCCACAUAUCCCUACGAAAAGUUUUUCAUGAAUUAACAUUUAUAUUAGUGAUUAAAUAUUUUAAAGCGAUGAAAUGUUAAGUUUUGAAUUUUUAAAAUAAAUAUUAUGGA